GAGUAGCAAGCAAUGGCAGACCAAGAAAAUGUUGUAAGAGUAACUCGAUUGGCCAAGAAAAGAGCAGCAGAAACAAUGGUUCAGCACUUGCAACAACCCAACAAGAAGAGAGUUGUGUUGAGUGAGAUUCAAGAUUUGUCUAAUGUGGGUGUCAAUCAGAUUGAGGACAAGGUGUUUGUUUCUGAGCCUAUGAGACCCAAAUGUAAGCAGAUUACUAAGAGGAAGGUGAAAACUUCUGAUGAUGACCCACAGAUGUGUAGUGCUUAUGCUUCUGAUAUAUAUGAUUAUCUUCAUCAAUUGGAGAUUGAGAAAAAGAGAAGACCAUUGCCUGAUUACCUUGAGAAGGUUCAGAAGGAUGUGAGUUCAAAUAUGAGAGGGGUUUUGGUGGACUGGUUGGUCGAAGUUAUUGAUGAAUACAAGCUUCUUUCGGACACGUUGUAUCUUACUGUUUCCUACAUUGAUAGAUUCUUAUCAGUGAAUGUUAUCCCUAGGCAAAAACUUCAGCUUUUGGGUGUUUCUUCAAUGCUCAUUGCUGCGAAGUACGAGGAAAUCAGCCCUCCAGAUGUUGGGGAAUUUUGUUAUAUUACAGACAGUACAUAUUCUAAGAAAGAGAUGGUAAAGAUGGAGGCUGAAGUGCUAAAAUGCCUCAAAUUUGAAAUGGGAAAUCCCACAAUCAAAACAUUUCUCGGACAAUUUACUAAAAUUGCUCAAGAUUACAAAAAAAACAAUUUGCAGUUUGAGUUUCUCGGCUACUACCUAGCAGAGUUAAGUUUACUGGAUUACAACUGUGUGAAAUUCUUGCCAUCUUUGGUAGCUGCUGCUGUGACAUUCCUUUCAAGGUUCACAUUACAACCAAAGUCACAUCCUUGGAGUCUGGCCCUUCAACGUUGCUCGGGAUAUAGACCAGGAGAUUUAAAGGAAUGUGUUCUUAUCAUUCACGACUUGCAAUUAAGUAGAAGAGGAAGUGCUUUAACAGCUGUGAGGGACAAAUACAAGCUGCAUAAGUUCAAAUGUGUUUCAACAUUGUCUUCUCCUCUGGAAAUACUGGAUUCAUUCUUCGAAGAUACAAGACAAUGACUACUUGGCCAUAUAUGCUUGGGAAUUGGAAUAGAACUUCAUUCUUGGCUAUUUUUGUUUUUGGUUAACAGUAUAUUCUAUUAACGACCAAAAUAUGUACAUUUACGAGCACUGAAGCAGUCAUGGACUAGCUGCAUUUUUGGUUACUUCAUAUUGGAAAACUUACCCAAUGA